UAGCGAAGUGGGCUGUAUUUGAGGCCGGUGUAAGAACGCUUGUUCUACGCCCCCCCAACUCUUGUCUCCAGGACCUCGGUUUGUGCGUGUGCAUGUGCGGGGUGCCCUGUGGGGCGGGUGUCCAGUAAGUGCGCGAAUUCGCAGGGGAAGUGCCCACAGGGACGUGAUUGGUUGCUUUUUUCCUGUAUGAAGCGGUUGGCACCACUGAAGUGACCGAAUGAGGGUUAUUGCUGGGGUUCAGUGCCUGCACUACAAAUCCACUGCUCCUGGAGGAGUUUUUCCCAUUUUGUUGCCUUUGUUAUUGUUAUUUGUUGCCAUUGUUGUUGUUGGAUGAGGAGGAGAGAAAUCGAGAGAGGAUGGGGAGAGAAAGAGACUCUACAGGGGCAGGAUGGACAUAAAGUUAAAAAAACAGCAUGCAAAUUUGAAGAGGGUCAGGAUGUCCUAGCUAGAUGGUCAGAUGGCUUGUUUUAUCUUGGAACUAUCAAAAAGAUAAACAUAUUGAAACAGAGCUGCUUCAUCAUAUUUGAAGACAGUUCUAAAUCCUGGGUUCUCUGGAAGGACAUUCAAACAGGAGCCACUGGAAGUGGGGAGAUGGUCUGUACAAUAUGUCAAGAAGAGUAUUCAGAAGCUCCCAAUGAAAUGGUUAUAUGUGAUAAGUGUGGCCAAGGAUAUCAUCAGUUGUGUCACACACCUCAUAUUGAUUCCAGUGUGAUUGAUUCAGAUGAAAAAUGGCUCUGUCGACAGUGUGUUUUUGCAACAACAACAAAGAGGGGUGGUGCACUUAAGAAAGGACCUAAUGCCAAAGCAUUGCAAGUCAUGAAGCAGACAUUACCCUAUAGUGUGGCAGACCUUGAAUGGGACGCAGGUCAUAAAACCAAUGUUCAGCAAUGUUACUGCUAUUGUGGAGGCCCUGGAGACUGGUAUUUAAAGAUGCUACAGUGCUGCAAAUGUAAACAGUGGUUUCAUGAAGCUUGUGUGCAAUGCCUUCAAAAGCCAAUGCUAUUUGGAGACAGGUUUUAUACAUUUAUUUGUUCUGUCUGCAGUUCUGGACCAGAAUACCUCAAACGCCUACCAUUGCAGUGGGUAGAUAUUGCACAUCUAUGCCUUUACAACCUAAGUGUUAUUCACAAGAAGAAAUACUUUGACUCUGAACUUGAGCUUAUGACAUAUAUUAAUGAAAACUGGGAUAGACUGCACCCUGGAGAGCUGGCAGACACACCAAAAUCUGAAAGAUAUGAGCAUGUUCUGGAGGCAUUAAAUGAUUACAAGACCAUGUUUAUGUCUGGGAAAGAAAUAAAGAAGAAGAAGCAUUUGUUUGGGUUGCGAAUACGUGUUCCUCCUGUGCCACCAAAUGUGGCUUUCAAAGCAGAAAAAGAACCUGAAGGAACAUCCCAUGAAUUUAAAAUUAAAGGCAGAAAGGCAUCCAAACCUAUAUCUGAUUCAAGGGAAGUCAGCAAUGGUAUAGAAAAGAAAGGGAAGAAAAAAUCUGUAGGUCGUCCACCUGGUCCAUAUACAAGAAAAAUGAUUCAGAAAACUGCUGAGCCACCUUUGGACAAGGAAUCUGUUUCAGAGAACCCUACCUUGGAUUUACCUUGUUCUAUAGGGAGAACUGAGGGAACUGCACAUUCUUCCAAUACCUCAGAUAUGGAUUUCACGGGUGCUUCCAGUGCAAAAGAAACUACCUCGUCUAAUAUUUCCAGGCAUUAUGGAUUAUCUGACUCCAGAAAAAGAACUCGUACAGGAAGAUCUUGGCCUGCUUCAAUACCACAUUUGCGGAGGAGGAGAGGCCGUCUUCCAAGAAGAGCACUCCAGACUCAGAACUCAGAAAUUGUAAAAGACGAUGAAGGCAAAGAUGACUACCAGUUUGAUGAACUCAACACAGAGAUUCUGAAUAACUUAGCAGAUCAGGAGUUGCAACUUAAUCACUUAAAGAACUCAAUUACCAGUUAUUUUGGUGCUGCCGGUAGAAUAGCAUGUGGUGAAAAAUACCGAGUGCUGGCUCGUCGGGUGACACUUGAUGGAAAGGUGCAGUAUCUUGUGGAAUGGGAAGGAGCAACUGCAUCCUGACUGUAGGACUGAACAUUAUGUUCACUGCACUCUGAUUUUCAGUAGUACAGUUGAAAGCCCUAAGGUGGUCUGGCUUUUACUAUCUUUCUUAAAAAUAAAAAUAAAAAAGGCAAAAAAUUUCACAAAACAAAAUGAUACUAGCCUUAACAUGUACCUGUCAAUGUUAUGGAUAUUGUCAUAAAAAGAUAUCUUUUAAAAAAAUCAGAACAGAGACUUAAUUUUUUAAAUCUUAAGAUUUGUAGAAUGUUUCUAGGAUAGAAUAUUAAAAUGAUUCAAAACCAUGCAUGGUGUUAGAUAAUUUUUCUAAUUAUUCCAUUGAGUCAGUUUUUGUGAUUAGUGAUUAUCAGCAAACUGAUCAUGUAGAUAGAUAGCACAAGUAUUUGAAGAAACAUUGUUUGUUGUUACCAAAAUGUUGGAAAAAGUUUAUUUCAAUACCUUUUAGAUUUCAUAAAGUGCAGUGUAUAUAAUGCCUACUUAAAAACUGUAAAAUAUUGAAAAUUUCUUUCAAGCAAAGUGUAAAAAAUAUAUUGAGCCUGUAAAUUGCUCUGUGACUAGACUUCAUUGUCGUCUUAAUAUAUUCUUUGCAUGUACAUAUAUAUACACACCUGUAUAUGUAUGUGUGUGAUUAUGUGACCUAUGCAAUACAAAUUAUGGGAAUGGGCAGCUUUGGAGAAUAUAUCCCAUAAUUCUUUUUUCAGGAAUAGUUGCAGUAUUUACACAGCAGCAUUUCUUCUCAGGCUUUUAUUGGGUGCUGUUGCUUGCUAUGUAUGAAGAGAAAUGUGUUCGAUAAGUUUUAGUGUGUUCUGAAGAAGGGUGUGAACAACAAGUGUUCAUGGGCAUUUAGAAUGCUUUUCACUUUCAGUCCUUGUAAUUCAGCUGUUCAGUACCUAAAACAAAUUCAAAUAAUAUGAACAUUAUCUCCUACUAGAAACAACAUUUUCAUGGCACAUUAUGAUUGUAAAUGUCUCUCAGUUUUAACAGCAAGUCUUAUAGGAGUCCCAUGAAGAUUCCUGAAAUGUCUGUAGUAACUGUUAGUCAUGUUGAAUAAGUAUAGUAUGAACAAAGUAUUUUAUUGCACAGGGUUAAAAAACAGUGUGUUGCCUGAAGAGGUGACUGCUGUUUUAUUACAACAUUACCUCUUGUUUUUAUAAAAUGUACCAAGAUUUAAAUUGAUAACUUUAUUUUACAUGUUUGAAAAAACACUUUCUUUUAUCACCAGUGUUAGAGUUGUCUUCUAUUCUUUUUGUUUUGUUUUGUUUUUAGCCAAAGAGUAAACAGAAGAAUAUUCUUAUUUUGGUGGCUUCUCAUUUUACUCUUAAAAAUGAUUGGUGGAUUUUAACCUAAAAAUUGGGGAAUUUGCUGCCAAAAUGGAAACUAUGUAAAGUGUAGUGAUUUCAGCAUGGAAAAAAUGUAGGUUAGUACUUAUUUAUUCCAAUAUUAUUUGACUGUUCAUUUAAAAAAUUGCUUUAUGUCUUUAAACAUCUUCAAAAGAUGACCUUUUCUUAUAAAAUUAUAGCCAAAAGAAGCAGAGAACUUCAUUGUGUCCUGUAUUUGGUUUCUGGUUGACCAAGUACAAAUGAGCUUUACAAAAGUGCAAAUUAAAUACUGUCACUUCUGUUUACCUCCACCAAAACUUGAUUUUCCCCCUAGCUAUUAAUUUAAAGUUGCCUUUCCUGCAGCUGCAAUAUUUUGAAGAAUAACACACAGAGUUUGUGUUGAUUUUGAAUGUUUGUUUAUAUCUAGGGGUAAUGGAAAAUGUAAAUCCCGUGUAACCUUAUUCAUUCCCACCUGUAUCAUAUUAUUUCAUUUUCCCCAAAGUCCUUUAAUUCUAACUGAACACCAGCAGUAUUUUUAGUAAUUCUUUCUUUAGCAUACAUGAAAAAUGAUUUAUUAAGCUGAACUGUCUUAGACGUAAUUAUUGUGAAUGUCUGUUUUAUUUUACCAUGGUGGUUCACAUGACUCUGAUGUUCAGUUUGUAUUUUUGGAAUUGCUUUACUUAGAAUUAAAACAGACCAACAUUAAAUGUGUGUAUUUUUCUAAAAGCUAA